CCACGCCCCUUCCGGCCGAAGAAAAUGGCGGCUCCGUGCAAGGUCCCUCCUCGGCUUCUCUUGGGAUUUGCAGCAAGGCCUUUUUCUGGUUCGGAAGCCAGGCCCUUCAGCGCGGAGCGUCUGGCGGAGAAGCUGCGGGCUCAGAAGCGGGAGCAGCCGAAGGAGGCUCCCAAAGACCCGGUGCGAAGGCGCGUCUGGGAACUUGUGCAGCUGACCCAGCAGUUGCAGCGGGUUCAUCCUAACGUUCUGGCCAAAGCGCUCAAAAGAGGGAUCCUCUACCAGGACGACAAGAUCGUUGUCAUCAACAAACCCUACGGCCUCCCUGUUCACGGUGGUCCCAAAGUAAAGACUUGCAUUGCGGAUAUUCUGCCAAUACUGGCAAAGAUGUUGUAUGGCAUGAAGUCUGAACCCCUUCACUUGUGUCACCGGCUAGACAAAGAAACAACCGGGGUGAUGGUGCUGGCACGAAACCAGGACACAGCACACCAGGUCCAGGAGUUUUUCAGGACCCGGCAGGUGGAGAAGAAAUACUGGGCAAUCUGUAUUGGACAACCAAAGCCGACAGAAGGUCUUGUGGAUAUUCCCAUUGUGGAGAAGGAAGUUGAGAGCCAGCAGUCACACUUUAAAAUGACACUAGCUCCAAACUAUUGCAUGUCCCAUGAGGAUGGAAAGAUGUUUAAAGUACGCCAGCACCGAGAUGCCCAUAUGGCAGUGACCCGAUACCGUGUGCUCAGCAGCUGUCCCUCCUGUACUUUCCUUGAACUGCACCCAAUUACAGGAGUGAAACAUCAACUCAGAGUCCACUUGGCCUAUGGUUUGGGAUGUCCAAUCCUUGGGGAUCACAAAUAUUCCCACUGGAACAAGCUGGCACCACAGAAGCUUCCUGAGAGUACCUUAAAGAGACUAGGCUUGGAACAAGUCAAAGCCCGCUACCUUCCACUCCACCUCCAUGCCCACGAGCUCAUCCUGCCUGAGAUAGAUGGCAAUACGGAAAAGAAAAUCCACUUGGUCUGCAAGCCUCCCCUCUUCUUCAGUCGCUCCUUAAAACGCCUGAAGCUGGAGUUUCCCGAAUCAGAAAAAAAAUGAACAGAAACGUGGGUGGCUUCUGUUGCUUUGCUGGAACAAUUCUUUUUCUUCACGUUCUAGUACUUUGUGUGAGUUUCCACAAGGUACAGAGCAAUCUAACAUUGCAAGAAAGUGCUUUCCCAAGAAGCAUGCAACCCAAAGAUAUUUGUAUCUCUGGCAACUCAAAGCAGCCCUGAAGAGUGAAGUUGGUGAUAAUAAAGGCCUGUGUUCUAGGUUUGGAACAAAAGGGAACCAUUUGAAGAUUGAACAGGCCACUUGACAUGUAAUGGCUACUAAAACAACAGUUACUCGUGUAAAAAUGCUAUGGGUUGGGAGCUGUGGCACCUGAAAUCUAGCCCUAUAAACAUCUAUUUAUAAAUAACUUGAUUUAUGCUCAGA